AAAUGGCCUUCAAGGACACUGGCAAGGGACCUGUUGAGACUGAGGACGCCAUUCACCGCAUCCACAUCACCCUCACCAGCUACAGUGUCAAAUCUCUGGGGAAAGUCUGUGCAGACUUGAUCCGUGGGGGUAAGGAGAAGGACCUAAAGGUGAAGGGACCCGUCCACAUGCCUACCAAGACUGUGUCCAUCACCACCAGAAAAACUCCCUGUGGUGAAGGAUCCAAAACCUGGGAUCGCUUCCAGAUGAGGAUCCACAAGCGCCUGAUUCAUCUGCACAGCCCAUCUGAAAUUGUCAAGCAGAUAACCUCAAUCAGCAUCAAACCAGGUGUUGAGGUUGAAAACAAGGAGUACCCCAGUUCUCCCCUGCAGUUUGCCUAUCAGGAGCACAUGGCAGUGAAAGAUGCGGUUCUUUACAGGCUGCAUCAGGCCUACACCUACUUGGAGGAGCCAGGAUGUUGUCCUCCUGGAGUAACAGAGGAGUCGCUGCAGCAGUCAGCUCAUCUCAUUGCGUUACAGAACGGAGCGUUUCAGGAGAUCCUUCGUCCCCACGGCAAUAAGACUGUUUAA